UAAGCCAAACACAUGGCGUAAAGUUUUUUUAAUUUCAUUCAGUUUAUGAAAACUUUGUGAAACAAUAGGCAAUCAUUUCGUCACCUGUUUUGUGGACCACUUCGCGUAUAUAAAGCUAAGACUUAAGACACCACUCAAGACAUGGAGAAUAAAGACAUUAACAACGAGUCAAACCCAUCGAAGAAGGCUCUGAAGAAGCAGCAGAAGGCGGCCGAUAAGGCUCUGAAGAAGAGUGAGAGAGCAGAGGCCAGGAAUGACACGAAGAUUGGCGAAGAGGGAGACGCCGAAGACGUGUCUCAAGGCAUGUAUGGCGUGUCACCGAUGAUCCGGUCCAGUGAUCGACCCAAACGCCAAUUGGUUGCCGUGAAAGACGUGAACAAAUCGUUGGACAAUAAGACGAUUUGGUUGAGAGGACGGCUGCACACGAGUCGUGCCAAAGGAAAGCAGUGCUUCUUUGUCUUAAGACAACAACACUAUAGUAUCCAAUGUUUGGCUGCUGUCUCGCAAACGGUGUCCAAAGCGAUGAUCAAAUUCAUUGCUUCCGUCACUAAAGAGUCCAUCAUUGAUGUUGAGGGAGUCGUGCGAUCGGUUCCGACACCAAUCGAGAGCUGUUCUCAACGCGAAGUCGAGAUACAUGUGAACCAACUGAUGGUUGUGAGCGCUUCUGAGGCCAGACUUCCCCUUCAGAUCGAAGACGCGUCGAGACCUGACAGCGAGAGCGCACACAACGAGUCGGCCAAUGAUUGA